GGCGGCGCAGGCGGGCCCUGGGCUCCGGGGCGGUUGGGAUGGAGCAGAAGCGCGCCUGGCGCUGCAGGGCACACAGCUGACUCCUGCGCGCCACCUCCGCUUCGCCUUGCGCCGCCGGACACCAGCCGAAGCUGCCGGGACUGAUCGCUCCCGGGGCCGUCAGCACCUCCCCGCUCCUCCCGCAGCCCACCGGGCGGGAAAAGAAAAAAAGAAAAAAAAAAAAAAAAAAAGGAGCUGCCGGUGCCCGACGCAAUUGGUCAGCCCCGGGAAACUUCCCUAGCCGUAUCCAGCUCCGUCUCGAGCACCGGAGUUAACAUGGUUUGCAAGGCGCUCAUCGCUCUCUGCAUCUUCACCGCAGGACUGAGGAUACAGGGUUCACCAACAUCAACACCCUUGCCUGUUUCUCUUAUGACAAAAAUUACCGCACCUACGGCCUCCUGGACUACCUCCGCGCAAAACACUGCUAUGGCCACCACGCCUGUGGCCAGUGGCACCCCCAAUGCCUCUGUUCUCCAUGCUACUGCUACAUCUCUGACAUCUCAGCUCCACAAGAACACUUCUACCGCCUCCAGAGACGAGGCUGUCACCAGCCCAGAUUUGAAGAGAGAUGACAACAGCACAGACUCCCCGCCUGCCAAGUCCACCUCAACAAGCGGUGCCGCCCACUUGACACCCACACUCGAGGAACACAGUCGUGGCAGUCCUGAAGCAACUGUGCCAACUACUGGGUCACAUUCAACCGUGCUCGUGUCUUCUCAGGCUCCAACCGCAACAUCCACAUCCCGGGGAACCUCCCCACCCGAGUCUCUUUCUGUCUCCAUUACCCCUAACCACAGCUCUACUGUGGCCAACAUCCAGCCCACGGAAGCUCCAAAGGCACCCGCGUCCCCAACAGAGGGGCACAGCUCUAGUCACGCACCCACUUCCCCUAUCACAGCAGAGCCGGUGCCCAAGGAGAAGUCACCCCAAGAUGCCGAGCCUGGCAAAGUGGUCUGCGAGUCUGAAACCACCACCCCCUUCCUGAUCAUGCAGGAAGUGGAGAAUGCCUUAAGUUCUGGCAGCAUCGCCGCCAUCACCGUGACUGUCAUCGCUGUGGUGCUGUUGGUGUUCGGAGCUGCGGCAUAUCUAAAGAUCAGGCAUUCCUCCUACGGAAGGCUGCUGGAUGACCAUGACUACGGGUCCUGGGGAAACUACAACAACCCUCUCUACGACGACUCUUAACAAAGGAAGGUGGCUGGGGACAAGAAAUAACUGUCCUUUAUUUAUAAGCUUGUCCAGUAGAAGUAAUAACAAGUACCUGAUGCACACUGAGUGACAAUCGCAAGCCCUGUUUUGUUGACAUGAUUGUUUCUGUUUUCCUCCCUCUCCUCUCGCUGCUACCACAACGUUCCCCCUUCUGGUACAAAAGAACCAUUGUAGAAAGGCCCAAGGAGGCCUUAUUUCCAGGUGACAUGGGCCAUCUUUGCACUGACCACGCCAGAUACCAGGAGGUGGAGGCCGCACACCCCACCACAGGACCCACUUUGGAAGGACUGAGGAAAAGGCCUCGGAGUUGCUUGGCUGGGGAUUUAAUUUUAGGGGAUCUUUCGGUUUGGGUUAUUUCUUAAACUUCUGUGUAGGAAAUUAUAUUAAGUAUCAGUGAGGAAAAAGGAAAUUAAUUCCCAGAGGCAACCACACUGUGUGGAGGACGCAGGGGUUUCUUGAUCCCUUUUCAGUCCCUCUUUGCCUGGUUGUGUCUGACAGGAUAUCUACUUAGUCCUGUAAGCAGAGAGACCAUUCUUCCCUGCCUAAUUAAUGAAAGGUGCGAGGGGGCUGCGCCCAGGAGGAGAGGAGCAGUCAAGGGCAGAGUGAUUGCUCUCAGUCUUGGCAUGCCCUCAACCUGCUCUCUAGGCCACUGGAAGGCAACGGGGGAUCCCAGACCGCCAGCUUUCAGGAAAGUUAUAGUUCCCAGAGUGAAGCUGGGAGGUGAACUUGAAAAACAGAAAGGGAGAGGCAACUGGAGGGUAAGGGAAGGGGGAAGAAGAAGAACUUAAGCACAUCAUGGACCCUCUUGAAGCAAGUAGGAGCCAGCUUUUCAUGGUAAUGGAAGAUAUGCAAAUCUUGGAGGAACCCAUAGAACUCUCACUUGACACCCAUAAAGCAAUUGGUUUUACUGCCUUACUGUCUAUAUUGGAUAAUGGCUGUAUGCUAUUUAAAAAAAAAAGUAAUGUUAAAAGAGGCAUUAGCCUAUGUGCAGUUGUUCUUCCAUAGGAAGCAUUUCCAUAGGAAGGAGACACCAACACCUACCUUACUCAUUCUUCCUUUGAAUAAAAGUGAACGUCUCUGGGUCUCCAGUCUCAAAAUUCUGUGCAACAAAUUUUGAGAAAUAGGCAUUCUUUUUGCUAGCAGCUACUAUGACCCAUCAAGAGGUGAUUUUGCCUCCCCUCCCUACCCCAGAGGGGGUGACAUUUGAAAAUGUCUAGUAGCAAUUUUUGAUUGCCACUAGUUAGUUGGGAGUGUUACUAAGGGGUAGAGACCAUGGAUCCUGUAAAACACCCUACCUGGCACAGGACAACCUCCACCCCAAAGAACCUCCUAGCCAGAAAUAUCAAAGGCUGAGCUUGAGAUGAUCCAUGGCAAUGCCCUUGCAAAACACUCACACAGCAGGAAGGCCCUUUCAUUUUUAACAAAGUGAAACAUCAGGGUUUUGUUUGUUCGUUUGUUUGUUUCUCCAAAGUGUUUAGUUUGUUGGCUGAUAGGUUGAUUUCUGGUGUGUGCAGUUGCCUUAUAUUUGUCUGUUUCUAGAGAGCUUUAUUACAGGGCUACACCACUGUCCUUCUGAAAUAUCUGAUAAUGACACCCAGCGUCUUAUGUCGAUUUCAAGAAGCAGAAAGCAUAUAUCUUAAGAUAUGUUACAUUGUCCUAGGAUAUCACAGGAAACAAGAAACUAUCAAUUUUAAUUCCUCAGACAGAGCUUGCCCCGUAACUCUGUUGAAGAAGAGCAUCUUCACAGCGCUAUUUUGAACCCUUCUGGUGUGGAGUUCACAAGGAGGGGUGCUUCCCACCCAUCCCGGGACAUCCCAGGCUCUGGAGAAAAUUCCUCCUAAAUCUCAGAAGUGCCAAAAGGAAAGAGAAAUCCUCAAAUAUAGGCCAUAAACAAAGUGGGUAGCAAGGCAUGGGUAUGCAGAAAUGAAGAUAUUCCUGAAUAUGAACUAAUACACACACACACACACACACACACACACACAGAGAGAGAGAGAGAGAGAGAGAGAGAGAGAGAGAAUGCAAGGGUAUAUGCCUUAUGGCCACACUUGUUCUAAACAAAUGUCCCUCCUUCCUACCCUGACCCCUACACAGGUCUCCAGUUAGGCAAAGGGCAAACCAAUACCCACAGGGUAUUCUACAUGUCAUUUUCCUCCAGGAGCCAAAAACAUUUUCUGACACAUGACACAAAGCUCUCCAUGAAACACCUUAGGGAAAGUGUGCUUCAGAUACGGUUUCUGGGGUAAGUCCUAGGCCAGAGGAACCACUUUCCUCCCAGGACCCCUUACCUGUUAGAAAUCAGGGACACAGCAAGAAUUUUUUCACACCAAAAGAUGCCAUUGUGUAUGGGCAUGGGAUUGCUGCUGCCCUGAUCAGCCUCUAAUUGCUUCAGCAAAAUGUAAAGCAGUCAUAUAUCCAACAAGGUGACUGACAGCGUCCCCUCAAAACUCCAAAAUGACCCUAGCCGUGUUUGUCACUAUAAAAUGUGCGAGUGUGAGAACUUAACUGUGCCAAGUGUAUUUUUCUGCUUUUGAACUGCUCAAAAGGUUUCAGCAUUUUAAUUCUACAAAUAUUCAUACACACACACACACUGAAAUAUAUGCCAAUAAUUGAUAUCCUUUACCUCAGGGAGAGUUGGUCCAAGUCUACACAAGGGAAGUUAGUGGUCCUAGUGCAUCUAAACAGUCACACCCUACUAUGGACUGGACUGGCCAGAAUGCUUUGGAGAGAAAGUCAGAGCAGAAAGAAAGCUAGGAGCUUCUCAGUGGACUGCAAAUGAUCGAGGAAUGGUAUGCAACUCCGCUUUCUUUUCCCGUGACCCCAGUGGAACCCCUUUUCCUCCCUGCACAGUUGUGGCUUCACUUAUAAAAUGGGGGUGAUGCUUUCACAGUGUGACGUCACCCCUUCCUACCUCACAGACCUGUUGUGAGGAUUAAUGAAAUUGUAUCUACAGUGUUUUCAGUUUCUGGAGAAAAAAACAAACUAUUUAUGGACGUUUCAAGUAUUAUAUACUAUAUGAGUGAUCUCAGUUUCUUCUUUGCUGUAAUACCGGUGUAUUGUUUUUACUUAGUCUAUAAAAGUACAGUUAAUGUCACGGCCACAUGAGAUGGCUAUCAGAGCGCUGAACUUCCCUCCUGCACAACUGGCUGACGCAGGGUUAACUAUUCCUGGGACCACAAAGAGUGAUCUCCCCUCCAACUGAGAAGACAGACGGCCCAGGACACAGGUCUCACAGAUGUGCAUCAGAAUCCAGGUUAGGAUGCCUGAGCACUAAUGGCAGAAGGCCUCUGACUUUCAAACCCAAGUCUCAGAGGAGUAGAUUGUGCUCUGAUGUGAUCUAUUUGCUCUUCAUCCUGCUUGCAAGGGUGCAUGGUUCAAUCCUAUGCAUCUUGUGAAUGGUCCAGAUGCUAAUUUGCACGUUGAUUCACCUUCUUUGCCUUUAACCAUUUGAGGGAAAGUGGAUGCAUCACUUCGACUUUGACCUUGGAAGUGUUAGUUGGCACUGUCUCAUUGCCACAUUUCUCUCUUGGAGUAAGUUAGCUGACAACAUUUAAAGACAGGAAGGUGUACGACUUCUUUGAUAUUUGAUGACGUCAUAUCUACAUUUGUUGUAAGACAAUAUUGCAUACCAAUUAUAACUCUACCAAUUAAAGUGGUUAAAAGCUUGUGUUUA